AUGGGUGUUUCCCCAGUCACGUCUCAGGACGCUGCAGUGGCGAGUGAGAACAAGAUUGCCGUAGCUCAAGAUGUUCUGGUUGAUGAGCAGCAAGUUGAAAAGACAUAUCACCACAAACUCGAUGCCGAUGAUGCUUUGGCUUUUGUCCAAGCGCACGGUAUCACUGCCAUCACACCGGAGGAAGAUAAGCGCAUUCUUCGAAAGAUAGACCGUUUCUUGAUGCCUUUGAUGCUAAUCACAUACACCUUGAAUUUCAUGGAUAAAAAUGCAUUGUCUAACUCGGCCAAUUAUGACUUGCGCGAGGAUAAUCGUCUGGUCGGCAAUCAGUACAGUUGGGCGAGUGGAUCUGUGUUCUAUCUAAGCUAUUGGUUUAUGGGAAACGCCGUCGGCCAAGUUCUUGGCGGCAUCAUUGGAUAUGGUGUUGGACAUAUUAAUUCAAGUCUGGAAGUGGGUAACUGGAUCUGGUACUUCAUCAUAUUCGGUUCCGUUACGAUUGUUUACGGCAUUGUGCUCUUCUUCGUAAUUCCUGAUAACCCCAUGUCAGCCCGCUGGCUCUCGGAACGUGACCGUGCCUUGGCCCUAGAGCGCGUCCGUGAGAACAGGACUGGUAUCAUGAAUCACCACUGGAAGUGGUAUCAGUUCCGAGAGUGUCUGCUGGAUCCCCAAGUCUGGUUUCUUGUGAUUAUCCAAUUCUUGACAAAUGUGCCAUCCGGUGGUGUUGCAAGCUUUGGUAACAUUGUUAUAAAAGGGUUUGGGUACUCUGCAAUCAACACGACCCUUCUUCAGAUGCCGCUGGGAGUCAUCCAAGGAAUCACAAUUCUUGUUGGUGGUGCUGUAUGUUCUCGUUUCAACAACUCUCGUUGGAUCGUCAUGGCCGUUACGCAGAUCCCUUCCCUCAUUGGUGCAGUACUUCUAUACACCCUCCCAUCAAGCAAUAAGGGGGGGCGGCUUGGAUCCUACUACAUCAUUCAGACGCACAGUAUUAUCAGCAUCAUGUCCUGGUCUAUGGCGACUGCGAACUUGUCUGGAACAACGAAGAAGGCCACAGCUUCCGCCAUGCUGUUCAUUGCCUUCUGUACUGGUCAGGUCGCUGCUCCGCAGCUGUUUGUUAGUAGUGAGGCUCCGCGAUACGCUACCGCAUUCAAGGCUGCAUUCUCUUGCUUUGCGCUUCUGAUCGUCCUUCCACCCCUUCUGGUUUUGUAUCUGAGAUGGGAGAACCAAAAGCGGGACAGAACCUAUGGUCAUGUUGACCCGAAUGCUGCCCAACCAGUUGAAACUAUCGUGGCGACUGGGGAUCCGGCUGCUCAGCCAGAUGAGUUCUUUGACUUAACUGACCGUGAACAGAAGGCCAAGUUCCGAUAUGUUUGGUAA